AUGUUUUCGGAUGAGGGAUUAUGGCGUCAAGAGAAGAAGGACCAUCAUGAUGUGGCCUUUACACAGUAUUGCGAACGGGGUACAGCCAGUGCGGCAUACAUAACCGCGGAGCUCCUCCGGCUUUCUCGGUCGGCAAAGGGCUUGGCGGAUUGGAUGGCGCGAUCGAUGAGAGGAGCCGAUAUGAACUCGGCACUCCAUGCUUUGGCUAGAGGAAGCACAACAUUGAUCGACGGCUUCAAUCGCUUUCCGAUCAGACGAAAUGUACCACCGAUCACUGUCAUACUCGCCCCGGUGCGGCUCAUCGCUGGCUCUGAUACACAGGUGGUAACGCCGGGGGAUUGGGCAUUGAACAAUACUGAACAACACGUCUAA